AUGAGAAUGGGAUACAUUCAGAAAACAGAGUGGAAGCGCCUGGACGACACCCUUCGACCACUUAUUAAGAAGACACUAUACCUGCCAAAAAGUGCUACAUCAGGCUACAUCUAUGGGAGCCCGCAAACUGGCGCAUGCGGAGUGCCUCACGCUGCCGAGCUAAGCGACAUAUGCCGCAUUGAUACGGCUUACAAACUACUAACAUCCCCGGACCAGACUGUUGCCGACCUAGCCAGCGCAGCCCUGAUGACCUCAGCCGUGAAACGCUCCCGGAACGAAGACUUUGCGCCCGAACUCGCAGCGUACCUAUCGGGUGAGGGAGGAGUCUUUGAAGGGCCAUCCCGGGGGAUAAAGAACAUAUGGACAGAGGCAAGGAAGGCAUCAAAGAGAAAUUCCAUCACUUGGGAGUUCCGACCCGAAGGCCCAGAGCUUACGACAGGCGACACAACCAUCAACGCCAUGCAAAGAAACAAAGUUGUGUCAACACUUCGCCGCAAGCUAACCGCCACAAGGGAUGACCAUCUGCAAUCCCUUCCCAAUCAAGGGAAGGUGCUGGAAUGCGUGGCGCUUGACCGCUCCAGCACGCACUUUAUGAGAACUGGAAUGUUCACACGCUUCGCAGACUGGAGGUUCAUCCACCGGGCCCGUUUGAACCUGUUGCGGUUAAACGCAGCAAGACCAUGGGAGCAAGGAUACAAGCGAUGCAGGAGGUGCGGCGCCGAACUAGAGACCCUACCCCACGUGGCGAACCACUGCAUGCGCUACUCUGCACUCUACACGGCCCGCCACAACAAGAUCGUCAGGUGGAUCAGGCAAGCAGCAGAGGCACGAUACACUGUGUUCUCGGAGAACCAGGCGAUAGGAGACACUGGACUGAGGCCGGACCUUGUUGUCGCACGAGGAGAAGAAGCGAUUGUGUACGACGCCACAGUUGUGUUUGACAAUCGACAGGAAGCCUUCCGCAACGCAAGAGCCGAGAAAGAGCAAAAAUACAGCGUCGUACGGAUCACCUGCGACAAAGGUUUCAGCGGGUGA